GGACUUGAAAAGGAGGUUAUCGUGAGAAACAAUAGACUAACCUUGACAAAGAUGUAAAUAAAUGAGAUUUUGUCAAAAAGUAUCACUAGAUAGUUUAGUUUGUGGAAAGUUUUAAUUGGUAGGCAAAAAAUGUAAAUACAUUUGUCCUCAUGCAAGUAAAUUUGUUUGUCAUUAUAAAGCAUCCAUCAACCUUAAGUAUGAACCUACACAAAUCUUUUGUCUCUUCUCUCAUUCUCUAUCUUCCUCAUUCUCACUCGCUCUAGUUCUAUCACUCUCCCUAUCCUCUCGAUCUCUCACUUUUGACGUUUCUGAUUUCUGCAUCACAGAGAAUUCAGUUUGAUGAUUAGACAUCUAAAACCCUACAUGGAGUCGUCUAGUGUCCAUCGCUCUCAUUGUUUCGAUAUUCUUGAUGGAGUCCCACUACAGGACGAUCAUUUCAGCUCGGCAUUCCUACCAAACACUGACUUCAAUGUCCAGUUGAAUUCCAUAUCGACCCGCAACAACAAUCAGUCUCACUUAGACCCAAAUGCAGAAAACAUUUUCCAUAAUGAAGGUCUAGCUCCAGAAGAAAGGAGGGCAAGAAGAAUGGUCUCUAACCGGGAAUCUGCAAGAAGGUCACGUAUGCGCAAAAAGAAGCAGAUCGAAGAGCUGCAACAACAAGUUGAACAGCUCAUGAUGUUGAAUCAUCACUUGCAUGAGAAAGUCAUCAACUUGUUGGAAAGCAACCACCAAAUCCUGCACGAGAACUCACAGCUGAAAGAGAAAGUCUCUUCCUUUCACUUGCUCAUGGCAGAUGUGUUAUUACCCAUGAGAAAUGCAGAGAGCAACAUCAAUGACCGCAAUGUGAAUUAUCUAAGAGGAGAAACUUCAAACCGUCCCACCAACAGUUCCUUUGUCUGUAGUACUAUGAUAGAUGUAUAUGUGACUAGUGACUAUUACACUAGCAAUUACUUGAAUUUGUAUGUAGAUAAUGGAUAACAACAAUGCAGUAGCUAUUAUUGUUUAAUAUCUACUUGUUUCACAUGAUUGGUCUAAAGAAGCAAAUCAACUUAAGCAAAAGGUUCAACAAACAUUGUUAACACCAAAAACA